AUGCAGGACGUGUUUCGGAUUCGACGUGGAAAGAGGGAGGGAAGCACAUUAGCAUUAAGGAUGGAGAACCUAAUAAGGGGAAGGAACCCCCCACAAUACCAGAGAAGUCCUUGUAAAGAAGUUCGUGCAGCACUUCGGAAAAGGCCUGAAGAGGAGUUGCAGUGCCUGGAGAUGACCACCAAACGGAAAAUCAUCGGCCGUCUGGUGCCGUGCCGAUGUUUCCGAGGUGAAGAAGAAAUCAUCUCAGUUUUAGAUUACUCCCACUGCAGUCUUCAGCAGGUGCCAAAGGAGGUCUUUAACUUCGAACGAACAUUAGAGGAGCUUUACCUAGAUGCCAAUCAAAUUGAAGAACUACCCAAGCAAUUGUUCAACUGUCAAGCUCUACGAAAACUAAGUAUUCCUGAUAAUGACCUUUCAAACCUGCCAACCACUAUUGCUAGUUUAGUUAAUCUUAAAGAACUCGACAUCAGUAAAAAUGGUGUACAAGAAUUUCCAGAAAACAUAAAGUGCUGUAAGUGUUUAACAAUUAUUGAAGCCAGUGUCAAUCCCAUUUCUAAACUCCCUGAUGGCUUCACACAGCUCCUAAACCUGACCCAGCUCUACCUGAAUGACGCCUUUCUUGAAUUUCUUCCAGCCAAUUUUGGAAGACUUGUCAAAUUGCGGAUCUUGGAGUUAAGAGAAAAUCACUUGAAAACUCUACCAAAGUCAAUGCACAAACUGGCCCAGUUGGAAAGACUUGACCUAGGCAAUAAUGAAUUCGGUGAGCUGCCUGAAGUUCUGGAUCAAAUACAAAAUUUGAGGGAGUUAUGGAUGGAUAAUAAUGCAUUACAAGUGUUACCUGGGUCUAUAGGGAAGUUAAAGAUGUUGGUAUACCUGGAUAUGUCAAAAAACAGAAUAGAAACAGUUGACAUGGACAUUUCUGGAUGUGAAGCCCUUGAGGACCUCUUACUGUCAUCCAAUAUGUUGCAACAAUUGCCUGACUCUAUAGGACUUUUGAAAAAACUAACUACUCUAAAAGUAGAUGACAAUCAACUUACAAUGCUACCCAAUACAAUCGGAAAUUUAUCUUUAUUAGAAGAAUUUGACUGUAGCUGUAAUGAACUGGAGUCACUACCUUCUACUAUUGGCUACCUUCAUAGUCUUCGGACAUUAGCAGUUGAUGAAAAUUUCCUUCCAGAAUUACCCAGAGAAAUUGGAAGUUGUAAGAAUGUAACAGUCAUGUCUCUACGCUCCAACAAAUUAGAAUUUCUUCCUGAAGAGAUUGGACAGAUGCAGAAACUAAGAGUCUUAAAUUUGAGUGACAACAGAUUGAAGAAUUUACCAUUCUCAUUUACCAAACUUAAAGAGCUUGCAGCUUUGUGGCUUUCUGACAAUCAGUCCAAAGCCCUUAUCCCUUUACAAACAGAAGCCCAUCCAGAAACAAAGCAAAGAGUAUUGACUAACUACAUGUUUCCCCAGCAGCCUCGUGGUGAUGAAGAUUUCCAGUCAGACAGUGACAGCUUUAACCCUACACUGUGGGAAGAGCAGAGACAACAACGCAUGACUGUUGCCUUUGAAUUUGAAGACAAAAAAGAAGAUGAUGAAAAUGCCGGGAAAGUUAAGGAUCUCUCCUGCCAAGCCCCCUGGGAAAGGGGCCAGCGUGGGAUUACUCUCCAACCUGCCAGACUGUCUGGCGAUUGCUGCACACCAUGGGCCAGGUGUGAUCAGCAGAUCCAAGAUAUGCCCGUCCCCCAGAAUGACCCACAGCUGGCAUGGGGUUGUAUAAGUGGCCUCCAGCAGGACAGGAGCAUGUGUACUCCAUUGCCAGUUGCAGCACAAUCCACCACUCUUCCCUCUCUAAGUGGCAGACAGGUUGAAAUAAACCUAAAACGAUAUCCAACUCCUUACCCAGAGGAUUUAAAGAAUAUGGUAAAAUCUGUUCAAAAUUUGGUGGGUAAGCCAAGCCAUGGAGUGCGUGUUGAGAAUUCAAAUCCAACUGCUAACACGGAGCAAACUGUGAAAGAAAAAUAUGAACACAAGUGGCCGGUAGCCCCAAAGGAGAUUACAGUGGAGGAUUCUUUUGUUCAUCCAGCUAAUGAAAUGAGGAUUGGGGAACUUCACCCUUCAUUAGCUGAGACCCCUCUGUACCCACCCAAACUUGUUCUGCUAGGGAAGGACAAAAAAGAAUCAACUGAUGAGUCUGAAGUUGACAAAACUCACUGUCUGAAUAACAGUGUUUCCUCAGGCACUUACUCAGACUACUCGCCUUCCCAGGCUUCCUCAGGAUCCUCUAAUACCCGGGUUAAAGUGGGGUCCUUGCAGACAACAGCUAAAGAUGCAGUACAUAAUUCUUUGUGGGGUAACAGGAUUGCACCAUCUUUCCCACAGCCUCUUGAUUCAAAGCCAUUACUCAGCCAGCGGGAGGCUGUUCCCCCAGGCAGUAUACCACAGCGUCCUGACCGGCUGCCCAUGAGUGAUACUUUCACUGACAACUGGACUGAUGGCUCACAUUAUGACAACACAGGGUUUGUUGCUGAGGAAACCACAGCCGAGAAUGCCAACAGUAAUCCUCUCUUAAGUUCGAAAUCUAGAAGCACAUCUUCGCACGGACGCAGGCCUUUGAUCAGGCAAGACAGGAUUGUUGGUGUUCCCCUGGAACUUGAGCAGUCUACACACAGACACACACCAGAAACAGAAGUGCCUCCUUCCAAUCCUUGGCAGAAUUGGACCAGAACCCCUAGUCCGUUUGAAGACAGGACCGCUUUUCCUUCCAAAUUAGAGACAACCCCUACUACCAGCCCAUUGCCUGAGAGGAAAGAACAUAUAAAGGAAUCUACUGAAAUACCUAGUCCUUUUUCUCCAGGCGUACCAUGGGAGUAUCAUGAUUCCAAUCCCAACAGGAGUCUUAGUAAUGUCUUUUCUCAAAUCCACUGCCGCCCAGAAUCUUCUAAAGGUGUUAUUUCAAUUAGCAAAAGCACAGAGAGGCUUUCCCCUCUAAUGAAAGAUAUCAAGUCUAAUAAAUUCAAAAAGUCACAGAGUAUCGAUGAGAUUGACAUUGGUACAUAUAAGGUGUAUAACAUACCAUUAGAAAACUAUGCUUCUGGGAGUGAUCACUUAGGAAGCCACGAACGACCAGAUAAGAUGCUGGGACCAGAGCAUGGUAUGUCCAGUAUGUCUCGAAGCCAGUCAGUCCCAAUGCUGGAUGACGAGAUGCUCACCUACGGAAGUAGUAAAGGGCCACAACAACAAAAAGCUUCUAUGACAAAAAAAGUCUAUCAGUUUGACCAAAGCUUCAAUCCUCAAGGAUCAGUGGAAGUGAAAGCCGAAAAGAGGAUACCACCCCCUUUUCAACACAAUCCCGAGUACAUGCAACAAGCCAGCAAAAACAUCGCCAAGGAUUUGAUUAGUCCUAGAGCUUACAGAGGAUACCCACCAAUGGAGCAAAUGUUUUCAUUUUCUCAGCCAUCUGUGAAUGAGGAUGCUGUGGUGAAUGCCCAGUUCGCAAGUCAAGGGGCCAGGGCAGGCUUCCUGAGAAGGGCCGACUCCCUGGUGAGCGCCACAGAAAUGGCCAUGUUUAGAAGGGUCAAUGAGCCUCACGAGCUGCCCCCAACUGAUAGGUAUGGCAGACCUCCAUAUAGGGGAGGGCUGGAUCGCCAAAGCAGCGUUACAGUGACUGAGUCCCAGUUCCUGAAAAGGAAUGGCAGGUAUGAAGAUGAACACCCUUCAUAUCAAGAAGUGAAAGCUCAGGCGGGAAGUUUUCCGGUUAAAAACCUUACCCAAAGGAGGCCAUUGUCUGCGAGAAGCUACAGUACAGAGAGUUAUGGUGCCUCCCAAACCAGGCCAGUUUCAGCUAGGCCUACUAUGGCAGCUCUUUUGGAAAAAAUACCAUCUGACUAUAACUUGGGUAACUAUGGUGACAAGCCAUCAGAUAACAGUGAUUUAAAGACGAGGCCUACUCCUGUGAAGGGAGAGGAGAGCUGUGGUAAAAUGCCUGCAGACUGGAGACAACAGCUGCUUAGACAUAUAGAAGCUAGACGGUUAGACAGGAAUGCUGCUUACAAACACAAUACAGUUAACCUUGGCAUGCUGCCCUAUGGAGGUAUUUCAGCAAUGCAUGCAGGCAGAAGCAUGACUUUAAACUUGCAGACUAAGUCUAAAUUUGAUCAUCAAGAACUACCUCUUCAGAAAACCCCGUCCCAGCAAAGCAACAUUUUAGACAAUGGACAAGAAGAUGUAUCUCCUAGUGGCCAAUGGAAUCCUUAUCCACUUGGGAGGCGGGAUGUACCUCCAGACACCAUUACUAAAAAGGCAGGCAGCCAUAUCCAGACGUUGAUGGGGUCCCAAAGCCUUCAGCAUCGCAGCCGGGAGCAGCAGCCAUAUGAAGGAAAUAUAAACAAAGUGACCAUCCAGCAAUUUCAGUCACCAUUGCCUAUUCAGAUCCCCUCUUCACAGGCCACUCGGGGACCUCAACCUGGACGGUGCUUAAUUCAAACGAAAGGGCAAAGGAGUAUGGAUGGAUAUCCAGAGCAGUUUUGUGUGAGAAUAGAAAAGAAUCCUGGCCUUGGAUUUAGUAUCAGUGGUGGAAUUAGUGGACAAGGAAAUCCAUUCAAACCUUCUGACAAGGGUAUCUUUGUUACUAGGGUUCAGCCUGAUGGGCCAGCAUCAAACCUACUGCAGCCUGGUGAUAAGAUCCUUCAGGCAAAUGGACACAGUUUUGUACAUAUGGAACAUGAAAAAGCUGUAUUACUACUGAAGAGUUUCCAGAACACAGUAGACCUAGUUAUUCAACGUGAGCUUACUGUCUAAAUAUUUUUUAUAAAUAGUGAAGAUACGUCUAGCCAGACCUAAUGUUCAAAAAUAAAUUUAUACAUAGAAACAAAUUUUGCCAAUUGCUGGACCAAUGGCAAACAUUAGUGCCAAAUGUAUAAUACUAUAUGUUAGCACUGACCAUCCUUAAAAAUGUUAACUCUAUAAAUAUGAUGUUCAUGUGGUUAUGUAUUAGUUUUAAUUGUCAGCCUCUGGCUGUGCAUUGGUGCAGUUUUGUUUCUGUUUUUGUUUUUGUUUUUAAUCAAAUAAGUUUCUUCUCAAAGUGGAUUUCAUAUAAUUUCGGAGCACGGAAGCACACACAAGCUCUUUAUGAAUUCUGCUCUCCAUCAGAAACACUGCCUCAAAGUUGUAUAUGCCUUUAUAUAGAAACUACAAAUAUAAAGAAUUGUAAUUCCCAUAAAAUAUUUCUAGCACAAGGUAUAUGUUGGCAUAUAUACAAAAAGAAUAUAGAGAAAAACAAUAUUUUCAUAAACUAAACGUCUCGGAUAGAGAAAAAAUAUAUCUUAAAAUAAGACUUUACUAUAUUGAAUCUUUUUCAAUAAAAAUUACAUGAUAAUGCCUUAUGAAAGUAACUGUACAUAUGGUAUAAAGUGUUUAUAUUUGGUUCCAUAUUCAUUUGCUAAAUUCUCAUGACACAGAGUGAAAUAUUUCAUAAAUUAGCCAUUUAUCUCUGGGACCCGAAUAAAAAUAGGAUGAACUAAUUUGUUCAAUGCCUUUAGCUAAUUACAAUACAUGCAGAGUUUAGAAACAGACUAACGGUCAUUGUAGUUAAGUCUUUUUCACCACAAAUUUAAGCAGUGGAUGAUGGGUGGCAGGAAAGGUAUUGCUUUAUUUCUUUCAAGUUCCUGUUGAUUAUAAACUGUAGCCCCUGUGAUUUCUUUACUUGUAAAUGUAGAAUUUAUUUGUGUGUUGCUUAAUCUAAUUUGCUACUUUUUAAAUUAUUUAAAAUGAGUUUUGGAAAUUGAUAAAAUUUAUCAUUACGAAAGACUGCUGUUAGAAAGUUAUGGUGGGUGAUUUUAAAUCCUUGGUAUUUAAAUAUGAAACUUCAAAUAUAAUUUCUCAGAGCUGUGGUCUACCUGUAUCAUUAAUUUCAAUGACUGAUUUUCUAGGCAGAAAUAGAUAAAAUACUUUUUUUUUCCAAAAACAGUUUCAAGGUAUGUACAAUCCUGAAUGCUUUCUCACCAGAGAGAAAGACAAGCAUGGUUAAUGUAGAAUUACUUACUUUUCUAUUGAAACCAUUUUCCUGUAUAAAUGAUCAAAAUUUAUUUUAUAAUCCUUCAAAAUAUUUGUCUUUCAUAUUAGUCAUUAAUUUAAUUACAAUAUUAAUUUGAAAUUCUAGGAUAAUUUCUCAGAGUUGGUUGCAUGCAUUCUCUUUCAUAAUUUUACAUAGUUCUUUUGUUAUAUAAUGAAUUUACAUGCUAGUGUUUCAAGUAUUGUAUGAGGAUUUUCACAGUAGUAUCACUGAUUGAUGUCACCAAAGCUCUGAGAAUAAUAUUUGUAAGUUAACUGUUUUAUGGGGACAUUGAAAAUAUUGUAUUUUUGUAGGGUCUAUUAAAAUGAGUGUCACUUAUUAGAA